CUUUAGACGUCCAAGUGGGCAAAAGAAAACGGAUAAUGGAGGAAAGUGUGAGAGCCUCCCUGAAGCCCCAGUCAGCUCGCCAGCUCACAGCCAGAGACGUCCACUGUAACUUCCCCCCGGCCUCAGCCCCUGCAGUACACACCGCUGAAGAGCCAGUGAGACCCGCCUCCAUAUGUGGAACCCAUGGAGGGGAUCCAGCAGCGAGGCCUUCCACUGCGUCCAGCUCUUUAUCCGCGUGCCUACCAGAGCACACAGAGCACAAGAGACUGUCCUGGAUGAGGGACUGCACCCCCUGGACCAAACUCUCCCUCCAGAACAGGAGGAGACAGAGGCCACCCAAACAGAGCCGGAGAGGGGCCAGGAAGGCCGCUGAUGCCCACAGCCUGCCGCCUCUCUGCCAGGACGCUCUGCUUCAGUCUGGAGGCUGGACAUCCCUGCAAGAGGUGACCAUAGUGACACUUGAGGACUUGCCCAGCUGCAGACUGCCCACUCCUGCCCAGUGUCCCCACCUUCGGUCUCUGACUCUCAGACGCUGUGGCCUCAAAGCCCUGGACGGUGUCAAUCAGUUCCCAGAGCUCUGCUACAUCGAUGUACAGGAAAAUGACAUCACAUUUGUGGACUGUGAAAACAUGGCCAGUUUACGAGUCCUCCGACUAGGUCACAACCAGCUGACAUCCGUCCAUGGUUUGAGUGGUGCUGACAAUUUGAAUGUUCUUGAACUCUCCUAUAACUCCAUCUCACGCAUUGCUGGCCUGGAGUCUAUGAAGAGACUGCAGAGGUUAUCAGUAGACCACAACCAGCUAAUCAGCACCAAAGGCCUGAGGGAGGUGUACACGCUCCUCAGCCUGGACUGCUCACACAACCACCUGAUCAGUGUGGAGGGUCUGGAGAACUGUGCUCUGCUCACUACACUGGACCUGAGAGCCAACAAUCUCUCAGAGCCCCCCAGUCUGAACAACCACGUCCUACUUAGAGAGUUGCAUCUGGACGACAACAGCAUCUGCUCCCUGCAGGGCCUCGCUGCCUGCUGGCUUCCUCUCAUGCACGUCCUCUCUGUGGCCCAAAACAGUAUUACACAACUGCUCUCCAUGUCUGACUUUGUGUCACUGGUGAAUCUGGACCUCCGACAUAACUGCCUAUCAGAGCUGAGGAACGUGUGCGAGAGCCUGGAGAAAUGUCCGCUCCUGCAAGAGAUCCACCUCACAGGGAAUCCUUUUCAGCUGGAGACCGGCUGGAGAUCCACUCUGCAGAAAUCAGUGCUUGGCCUAAGAGCCAUCGAUGGCCAAGAGACAGGCCUCGCUCUAUCGCCCCCUGUUGUUCAUGUAGGCGGCCUGCCCUCGGACAGCUUCCUUGCCUUCUGUCAGGCACAGCUUCAGCAGACACGAGAUUUACAGCAGCAGCACAGCAGAGAGCUCAGUGGUGCCUCAUCUCCUCUGGAUGCUGUAAAGACGUCCUGUCGACACUUCACUGAGGCUCUGCAGCUGGCUGAGGACCAGAGAUUCGCCCAUGAAUAUGGUGACACCACUGUGUCCAGGACCACACAUGAGACAAAGCCUGAGGAAACCACUGAUAUGGACAGUACGAGUGCCACAAAUCUUACUGAAACAGAGUCUCCUCGAAACACUGAGGAGGUCCCACCACUUGGUCCAGUCAGGUCCCACAGCAGAUGCUGGACGUUGGAGGAGAAAUCGGCUGCAGAGAGGCUGUCUGACGUGCCAGAGACUGUUACACUGGGGCCAAAGAAGGAGCUAACAGUUUGCAAAUCUGACUCUGGCAGUUCCAUUUCUCACUCUUCGGCUACAAAGGAAAAAGCAACUCUCUCUAAUCCCAGAAUGUCACUGAUGUCCAACCCUCAAAAUCUGCACCUCCAAAACACAGCAGCGGUUGUGAUUCAGCAGCACUGGAGGAAACACAGACAGAAAUGUGGGAACAUCAGCAGCAACCCCACAGCUGAAGAGGGAGGAGAAGGAGGAGGGGAUGGAGGGACGGUGGCCUCAGGAACUUCCCAUGUUGACUUGAGUGUCGUUGGCCGAGAUUAUGCAGCAACUGUCAUCCAGGCAUUCUGGAGGGGCUUUUCUCUGAGGAGGAGACUUGCCUCUGCUCUGGCCUCUGCCACCGCCGCGUUCUCCAACGCUGAGGAGGAUGAUGGCUUUGAGGAGGUGGACCUGGAUGAAUUUACCUUUUAUGAGGCAAUGCUGGACAAGACUGGACCUUCCUUCCCUCUGAGGCCUCACCUCCCAGAAGUCGCCCAAUUUCAGACCAGCAAUUGUCUCCGAAGCAUCCUGGGUUUUCUACUGAACCCUCCUGGUACCCACCACCACUGACGUGCUUUCCAGCAGGCCUGGGUGGCCAAGGAGCACGUGGGCUCUACUGGGCAGAGAGUUUCCCCAGAGAGCACCAACAGUUUCAGAUCUAAAUCUCCUGCUUCGAGUUCAGCGCUCAGCGGUCUCUCUGAAAGAGCAGAGAGGAUUGUAGAGGAGUGGGGUUUCACUGACAGUCACACAGCCCUUCUGAUGCUUAAGAGGGCUCAGAAGAUGAAGCCGAAUAAACAACGAAAAAAGGAACUUCAUGAUCCCUCUGUCCGUCCGGCCUUCUCCAAGAAUUGCACUUACCAGUUGGGUCCAGCGGAGGCACGAAAGAGGCCUGAAUCGAACAAGAGAGACUGUUUAAGAGCUGCAGUUUGCGAAGCUGUGCUGGGCCCUCAGCAGCCAGGGAGCGCAGAGCAAGUGCGAUUGAAACAGGAGUUUACUUACAAGUGGCUGCACACCCAGACUACUCACGCUGACAAGCACUCAGAGAGUGAGUAUUUCCUACCUGAGAUCGACACAGACAUACUGAACGGAGGCAGAGUGCAGCUUGUGGCUGGCCCAGGAUACAGAGAACACCCGGAUCAGGCCAGAGGAUUGUGGGCCAACAGUGGUUCAGCUGCCCGGCCUCGCAAAGAGUGCAAUUAUCCUCGCAGAAACUCUUGGGGGCACGCAAGAAAAGAGCUGCCGUCUCCUCAAAGCAUCACAUCCGCCCCAUCAAAAAAAGAGCGCAUCUCCUUCCGGGACAACCCUGUCCAGUUGAGUGGCGGCUGGGGGGGAGGCAAGAAGAGGGACAAAGUGUGCAAGUAAAACGCAUACCCUUCCUCGACCACAACCUCUAUUAACGUGUUAUUUUGAAACAUAACACAAGUGUAAAGCCCUAAAGUACAAAAUGACACAUCCUCUUAUGAGUUUGUCCGCUAUGCUUUUAGUAUGAAGUUGGAGGGUUUGUCUCCCAUAAAGAGUUUCUACUGUUAUAUUUAUAGUGCUAUGUUAUCCCCUGCUCUGUAAUCCCCUGCAGGUGUUCUUUUUAAACUCAGCUCUAAACUUGGGCUCCCUCUUCUGAAAAUUAAUUAAGAGCAAUAGGAGGAGGCCCAGCCCAAAUAUCUUCAGGCUGUUCCAUUAUGGUCAUUAUGCUCGGGUAUCACUGCCACAACGUGACCGCAGCCAGCACCGAAACACAUGAAACCUUCAGCAAAUGACAUGCUUCAUAUGCAAAUGAUGGCAGGAAAUAGGAACCAGAACCUUUAAUGUUACGCUGUGUUUUUAUUUAUUUAUUAUUUUUGUAAGAGUGCUGAAUGGUCUUUGUUGCUGUUAGUGGGACCGUUUUGAUAUGGAGGGAAAAUAGAGGGAUAUUGUUUUUUGUAACUAAGAAAAGGAACUGGCUUUUUCCACUUUUGCUGUAGGUUUAAUAAA